CUGGAACUACUUUGGCACCAUCAGGCGGCGGGAGCAGCCGGCGGCGCUUUGUGCGAUGCCCUCGGGGAUGGAGAAUCCCUCGGGAAUCCUGUCCCGGAGCCGCGCCAGGGCCGUGCCCGGCGGCGCCCCCCCCUCCGAGGACGAGGACAGCGCGGACGAGCGCAGCCACGACAGCAUGAUCCGGGUCGGGGCUGACUACCAGGCGGUGAUUCCUGACUGCAAACCAGAGAGCCCGGCUCGCUACAGCAACAAGGAGCUGAAGGGGAUGCUGGUGUGGGCCCCCAAUCACUGCGUCUCCGAUGCCAAACUGGACAAAUACAUCGCCAUGGCCAAGGACAAACACGGCUACAACAUCGAGCAGGCUCUGGGAAUGCUGCUGUGGCACAAGCACGAUGUGGACAAGUCCCUGGCUGACCUGGCCAACUUCACCCCCUUCCCGGACGAGUGGACGGUGGAGGACAAGGUGCUCUUCGAGCAGGCUUUCAGCUUCCAUGGCAAGAGCUUCGCCCGCAUCCAGCAAAUGCUUCCCGACAAGCUCAUCCCGAGUCUGGUCAAGUAUUAUUAUUCCUGGAAGAAAACCCGCUCCCGAACCAGCGUCAUGGACAGGCAGGCCCGGAGGCUGCUGGGGCGCAAGGACCGGGAGGACAGCAAUGACGAGACCGACGACCCCCAUCCCACUCUCGAUGGGGACAUGGAGGCAGUGGACCCCAAAAAAGAGCCCCCGUACCCCAGACCCUGCACCCGGAAGGAGCCUCAGUACCGGCACCACCUCCCCCCCCGGCACCGCCGCCGCCCCCCCCGCGGGAUGCACUUGAGCCGCGAGGCCGUGGCCGGCGUCACCUCCAACCCCGAGCUGGGCGCCGCGGGCCUGCGCCAGCUCGACUGCCAGCUCGUGUCCCUCAAGCGGCAGGUGCAGCGGAUCAAGCAGAUCAACAGCGGCCUCAAGCAGGCUUUGGAGGGCGGUGUGGAGGGGCUGCGCCCACCCGAGGGCACUGGCAAGUUCAGCUCCCGCUGGACGACGGACGAGCAGCUCCUGGUGGUGCAGGCCCUGCGCCGCUACGGCCGCGACUUCCCGGCAGUGGCGGGGGUCCUGGGGAACAAGACCCCGGCCCAGGUCCGGAGCUUCGUGGGGGGCACCCGGCGCCGCUUGGGCCUCACGCGGCUCCUGCGGGAGCUCCCCGGGGGGGACAGGGACGAGCCCCCCGCGGGGCCCCCCCCGCAGGGGCAGCGGCGGCAGCAGCAGCAGGAGGAGGAGGAGGAGGAGGAAGAGGUGCAGAUCACCGGGGUCUCCCGCCCGGCCCCGCCCCCUCCGCCGUCCCCCUCGCGCCCCCCGCAGCCCCCUCCUCCCCUCCUGCGCCCGGCCCCUCCCCCCCCGCCGGGGCUCCCGCUGGGCCGGGCCCCGCCCCCGCUGCUCCGGCCUGGCCACGCCCCCGCCGCCAGACCGCGUCCCCCUGCUGCCGGGCACGCACCGCCCCGCUGA